CAGCUUUGUACUUCUUGCUUAGCUCAAUAUUAAUAAGGAUAGACGAGACCCAGGUUACAUUAAAAAUGGGGGACCAAGAAGCCGAAAAACUUAUUCACGCAAUAAAAUUAACUCAAAAGCUCAGAGGAAGUGUUACAAAAGUAUUUACAGACCUAUCAAAUGGCCAAACAUCAACAAAAGAAGAGGAAAAAGAAAUGCUUGGAGAUCUACAGAAGUCUUUGUUAUCUAUGAAUGAUAAUUUGAGUGACUUGGAAAAGAUCUCUCAGAGUUUGCCAUCUACAGUCCACCAGACUUCUAAUAACAUAAGUUUAGUAUGUCUGGAUCCAGCUACAGACAGGACACAGCUACCUAGUCAGUUAAUACAUGCACACAAGUGGACCAAUAAGGUAAACAGACUUGCAGAUUAUGCAUGCCAAGCUUUACAGCAAGCUACUCUAAGAAGAACCAAUAAAAGUCAGGUUGGACCAGGCUUAUCUACAAAAAGACAGAGGCGCAUGCCACCAGUAGCUCAUAAUAUCCCAGCAAGUACAGUAGAAACAGUUCUCAAUAGUUUAGAAAAACAUUUACCAGAUACCAGUAUAACUGUAUCCCGACCAAAUGGGAGUAGUUGUGUGCUACAGAUAACUCUUUCCAAGACAUUGAAGGCAGUUUGUGUAUUGAGAGGUUUUCUCAUAGAAUAUGUUAAUGUGAAAGGUUAUAAUGAAGAUUUUCUCUCAAAUGAUGGAAAGAUAGACUUAUGGUCAAAGUCACGAUAUAAAGUAUUUGAAAAGGUAUCAGAUCUAAUGAUGGCUGGCAUACAGCACUACUAUUACCCACAGAUGCCAGAAAUUACAAUCAGGACGUUCAUACAGCAAUGGUUUAACUCCUACAAGACAUUAUUUUCUGCACCAUGUACCAAGUGUGGUAAACAUUUACAAGGAGGAUUACCUCCUGUAUGGAGAGAUUUCAGAACAUUAGCACCAUUACAUGAUGGAUGUAGAUAAUAAAGAUAUAUGUGUACAAAAUAUGUGUUGUUUAACUACUGCAAAACUGUGUACCACUCUGUGUACCAGACUUUUUCAUUUAUAU